AUGGUCAAUGUACCUAAAACUCGAAGGACUAUCUAUAAGAAAUGUGGCAAGUUAUCACCCUCACAAAGUGACCCAGUACAGGGCAAGGAUUCCCUGUAUGCUCAAGGGAAGAGGCGCUACGACCGGAAGCAGAGUGGCUAUGGUGGGCAGACGAAGCCAAUUUUCCGGAAGAAGGCUAAAACCACUAAGAAGAUGGUCCUAAGGCUUGAGUGUGUUGAACUGAACUGCAAAUCCAAGAGGAUGCUGGCCAUUAAAAGAUACAAACAUUUUGAACUGGGGAGAGAUAAGAAGGAAAGAGCCAG